AUGGAGUUUAAGAGAUUCAAGAUAGCGGAUUUUGAAGUUGUCUCUCUCCCUCCUGAAGUUGAAGAAGAAAAUGAGUAUGGUGAAAAAUAUUAUAAAAAUGUUAUGUCAUUUGAGCAUAAGCUUGAGUCUGCACUCAAAGUUUGUCCGGUUACCGCACGCGUGAUAAUGUGCAAUUCCAACAGCGGUGUGGAAGGAAAGUUUAAGGUCGACUUUUUUCCCAUGUCACACAGUCUGUCUACGAUCCCUCUUGGGAUGAGUUGUCGUCGCCGACAUGGGGUCAUUACAUGUUUUUUUGUGGGCAUGGGGGUUGAGAAGAAUGGAGUUCCCUUUUGGGAGUUUCAAAAUUCUGGCGGCAAAGAGUUAGGGGAUAACGAGUAUACGAGAGUAGCUCGAUACCGUGGACUUGUGACUAAUUUCAUACUUCUCGAAUGA